CCCUCGCCCUGGGAGGCGCAUUUCCUGCUUGGAAUCUCAGGCCCCGGCGUCUGGCACAGGCUGGGGGCGGCGGAGCUGAGGGUAGUGGACCAGCUGCAGGGAGGGCGACCUGUAUGCGGAGCGCCGUUCCUGCGCCAUGGACCGCGGCCAACUCAGCCUGGAGCCUGCUGCCGCGGCCCCCCAAGCCACGGGCCGGUGCAUGAUCGCACCCGUGCGCGCCGUGCUCCGCCUGCGCCGCCGGGUGUGCGUCCUACGCAAGCGGCGCCUCCUGCAGCUGGGUGGGGGGCCCGACGUCGGGACCGGGGUGCCCAGGCCGGGCUGCAGCCCCCCGGCGCCCCGCGGGGACCUGGACCAGCCGCAGUUCUUCACCUUCGACGGCCCCGCGGAGCUGCCCUCCAGGACGCCACGCAAGAAGCGCCGGCGCAGCCGUCUGGUGCUUUACCCAGAGACCUCGCGCAAGUAUCGACCGCGCGUGGAGCACAGGAGCCGCGCGCAGCACUGCCUGCUGCUGCUGGUCGCCAUCGUGGGCUUCCAAGUUCUCAACGCUAUCGAGAACCUGGACGAUAACGCGCAGCGCUAUGACCUCGAUGGGCUGGAGAAGGCGCUGCAGCGCGCGGUCUUUGGCCAGCCCGCAGCCAUAGCGCGCAUCGUGGCGCUGAUGCGGGACUACCUGGCCACGCACGUGCACAGUCGUCCGCUCCUCCUGGCGCUGCACGGGCCCAGUGGUGUGGGCAAGAGCCACGUGGGCCGCCUGCUGGCGCGCCACUUCCGCUCGGUGUUGGAGGACAGCUCGCUCGUGCUGCAGUACCACGCGCGGCACCACUGCCCCGAGGCGCGCGCCGCACAAGACUGCCGCGAGGAGCUGGCGCGGCGCGUGGCCGAUGUGGUGGCGCGGGCCGAAGCGGAGGAGAAGACCCCACUCUUGGUGCUGGACGACGUGGAGCUCCUGCCGCGGCCGCUGCUGGACGAGCUGCACGGCUUCCUGCAGCCGCAGCGCUCCCACCACUUCCACAACGCCAUCUACGUGCUCCUAAGUGGCGCGGGUGGCGCCGAGGUGACGCGCUUCGUGCUGCAGAACGCGUCCCGCGCGCUGCCCCUGCUCCCCGACGGCGCGCGCAGUGCCGAGGCCUCAGCGGCACAGGCGGAAGAGGACCUGCGCACGAGUCUGUGGGCUCUGCUGUCCCGGGAGCAUCCGCUGUGGCAGGCCGCGGCCAUCGUGCCGUUUCUGCUGCUGGACAAGCGGGAUGUGGUCAGCUGCUUCCGGGACGAGAUGGCAGGCGAGGGCUUCUUUCCUGACCAGGCCCGGGCGGAGGACCUGGCCACACAGCUCAGCUUCUACCGCGUGGCUGGCCGCGAGUUUGCUGUCACUGGCUGCAAGCAGGUGGUGGCCACGGUGAACCUCCUGUAGUGGAGGUGCAGGACGGGACGUUUGGGUUGAUGGCGGCAGUAGGAGGGCGACCAGGGACCUUGUGGACUGGUGCAGGCCCCUGAGGUUUCUAAUGAAUUUGUGGCUGCCAGGCUUGUGGGUGCGGGUCAGCUCGGAGCUCUGCUUCCAGGUCCACAACCACCUCAGAGCCCCGAGUCUGUCCCUGGGGGCGGCAGGACAGCAGCCACCUCCCUCCCGAACUCACCCAUUGCCCUGCUGGGCAUCCCAGGCGUGGUCUGGUGGGUUCUCCCUGUGUCCCCAGGAGGCGGGCGCUCGGUUCCCAUGGUACAAGGAUGAUCUCAGGGCCAGAAGUUUCUGGGGUCACACAGCUGGGACGUGACCCAGCCUCUUGGGGGUGGUCGUGUGUUGCUCAGUGCUGGGGUGAGGCUGUCACCCCUGCCACCCUGGAGAUGACCCUGGAGGAGGUCACAGCCAACCAUGACAGUGCUGGGGUCCUGGCUGUCUUCUCCACCCACCCCACCCCUCACUCAGGUAGUGUUUUCAG